UGUCAUUACAUAAAACACCAAUCUUAUCCUUCAUCCAAUUUCUCUUUCUCUCUUGAAACUCACCACACUUCACCCAUCAUGACAUCAGAAACACCAACCAACAUGAACAAAAUCAUACCUAAACUCUUCAUUGGAGACUUCAAUUCAUCUCAAUCUAUCAAUUCAUUAAAAUCUAAUCAGAUUCAAUCCAUCGUUUCGGCCAUGAAACAAUCUUAUGAACCUCCUUCUGGAUUCAAUUUAUUUAGAGUUCCAAUUGAUGAUACUGAUAAAACUAAUGUUUGUGAAUGGUUCGAUGUGGUUGGCAAUUGGAUUCAAGCUAGAUUAGAUGAUCCGAAUGGGAUGGGUGUCUUGGUUCAUUGUGCUGCUGGUGUUAGUAGAAGUACUACUUUGGUUGCUGCUUAUUUAAUGAAAGCUCAAAAAUUAACGGCAGAAGAAGCUGUUUUUUAUAUUUCUUCAAAAAGACCACAAGUUCAACCUACUGAAUUUUUUAUUUAUCAAUUAGAAAUGUAUGAAAGAUGUAAUUGUGAAUGGGAUCCAGCAAAAUAUCAAGAACAAAGAAGAUUUGUGAUGGGAUUUGUGGCGAAUGAGAUGAAAGACGGACCUGGUGCUCAAAAAUUAGUACUUGCAUAUUAUCCAUCACCAGCAGCUUCACCUCGAGACAAGAAUACAUCCGAUCCAUUUUCAAGUUUUACGAUGACUCCAUUAAAUGCUGAAACGAUUGCUACCAAACUAACUUCACCUAGUGCAUUAACUUUCGAACUUAAACCUGAUCCUCCUAAGGAAUCAUUCUCAUCACUACCUACACGUCAAAGGUUUACUAAACGUGGUCAAUCUACUUCACCUAAUCCAGUGAUCUUGGAAUCGAAAGGGAUCCCCAACCGACCUGAAGUUGAGAAAUUAGGACAAGGCAAGGUGACGAUCCAAGGAAAGAGGAUUAGAUGUAAGAUGUGUAGAAGAGAAUUGGCUGCAAGAGAUCAUGUUUUAUCACAUUCACCGGGUCAAGGUCAAGCUGCCUUUGCACCACAGAAAAGAGAUAUGACCAAGUUUAGAGAAGAAGCUAUGGAGAGAUUCCGAUCCCAACAUUUUCAUUUGAACCCAUCAUCGACUUUACCGAAUGAUCAGUCUGAUGAAGUCAAGUCUGAUGAACCAUUAGGAGGUUUAGCAUCUUUACGAGUCUCGACUCCUAUUACACCAAACCUAGAUCAAACUCAACCUAUCUCACCACCUUUAUCAAACCAAAGCACGGAUGAAUGGUUUAAAUCAAAAGUUUCAACUCAAGCUUUAAUUUCACCACCUUUGAUUAAUUCAAAAGAUUGUUCUUCUUACUUUGUUGAACCGUUAAGUUGGAUGUCAAAGGUUUUGGAAAAAGGUGAAUCCAUGGGUAAGAUUGUUUGUCCUAAUUUGAAAUGUAAUUCAAAGUUGGGUUGUUUUGAUUGGGCUGGUGUUCAAUGUAGUUGUGGGGCUUGGAUUACUCCGGGAUUUCAAAUUUCGAGAUCUAAAGUGGAUGAAAUUUAGGAUAUGGACCUUUGGUUUUGGUUUCGGACUUUAUUUUUUAAACUUUUUUUCCCUCAAGGUUCUUUGUUUUUCAAGGACGCUUUCGUUUUGUGGUUUGAACAUCUUUUUCAUCAAGAUGUGCUUUUCAAUUUGAUAUCUUAAUUAUUUAUACAUGAAUGGAUAUCCUUUUUUUACAAUUAAUGAGUCAAUUUUUUUUUUCGUUUUUGAUUGAGGUUUGAGUUCAGUGUUUCAGUAAAAUGAUUUUAAGAAAUUUGAUUGAUCUUUUGGAAUCAAGUUGAAGUUUUGUUCAGUUUGAAGUUCAUGAAUGGGGUUUUGAUUUUUUUUUACUUACUAUGUACUAUGAUGAAGUUUUUUUUAGUUCAAGGACAGAGAAUUCAGGAAGUUGAAGAUUUUAUAUAGUUGUACCUAAAAAGAUUGUUUAAUUCUCCUCGUAAAUCUCCUGGACCAGAUCACUCUUGCGGGGGUUCAACCCAAGCUUCUGUCAAGCGAAAUAUACGAAUUGCUGUCAAGUG